CACUCUCCUUCUUUUGACGGAACGAUAUCUGUGAAGAGGGAUGAGGGUUGCAUACGAAGGCCCACGCUCUUGUUUCCAUGGAUUCGCCUAUCGCAAAAGGUAAUCUUCCAAGAUCCCCUCGAUUAUUAUCUGGGUUCUCUUUUAGGGUUAGGGUUAUUGGGUUUCUAGUGAUGAUCUCUCCUUCAACUGCUCAGAUUUCUUCAUGGAUUUGAUCGUUUUGAUAACCUAUUUUCCUCCUGUUUUCGGAGGAUUUCGGGAAUUUCUAGAGUUAGGGUUACGAAUCAAUUUUCGUUUUUCAGUCUGUAAUUUCAUCUCCUCUUAAAGGCUUUCUGAUGGGGCUCUUUCUCUACGGGAUGGAGAUCGAAAAUAUUCGAAUUUGUAAAGGAUAAUUUGCCUCAUUUUAUGGUUCUAGGGUUUUUGUUUUCUGACCCAGCGGUUCUGAAUCUUAUGCCAUUGUUUUAUAUUUCAAUGUUCAUGUGUGGGGAUUUUGUUAGUUGAUUGAUGAGUCUAGGGUUUUCUUUGGUGGGUUUCUGUUGGAUUGAUUUACGAAGAUCUUUAUGAGGUGCUUCUGUUGACUUUGGUGGUAUUUCAAAAAUUCCACCCCCACCAGCAAGAAAUACCCUAAAAAGGGGAUCAGGGAAAAUGGGGGAAGCUCUUCUCACUACUCUAUCCAUGGAGAACCAUCACCCAUCCACCCUUUUAUCCAUGGAUUCAAGUGCCAACUCGCAUGAUGAAUUGGAUAGAGAGAUUAAUAGGCAGAUAAUACUUUCCCGACCACCCGAUAUCAAUCUGCCAUUGUCAGCUGAACGUAGCCCACCUCCCCAGCCAUGGAACCCUGACCCUUGUGAUAUCCUAGAUGUUGGGCUUGGGUCUCAGAUCUAUGAGACAGAAACCCUUCUCAGUCUUCCCAAGAUGGGCAGGAAAUGUGCCAAGCGGGUAGACAGCAUCUGGGGUGCCUGGUUUUUCUUUAGCUUCUACUUCAAGCCAGUUUUGAAUGAGAAGUCCAAGGUUAAGAUCACACGGGACAGUAAUGGGGUUUCUGGUUUCGAUAAAUCGGAUCUCCAUCUCGAUGUAUUCCUGGUUCAGCAUGAUAUGGAGAACAUGUACAUGUGGGUUUUCAGGGAAAGGCCUGAGAAUGCAUUGGGUAAGAUGCAACUUAGGAGUUACAUGAAUGGGCACUCCCGCCAAGGGGAGCGCCCUUUUCCAUUCAGUGCGGAUAAAGGUUUUGUUCGAUCUCACAGAAUGCAGAGGAAGCAUUACAGGGGCCUUUCUAAUCCACAGUGUGUGCAUGGUAUUGAGGUCGUUCGGUCACCUAAUCUCUUGGGUCUUGAUGAGGAAGAGAGGAAAAGGUGGAUGGAACUUACUGGGCGGGAUGUGAACUUCACCAUCCCGCCUGAAGCCAGUGACUUUGGUGCAUGGAGGAACCUUCCAAACACAGAGUUUGAGCUUGAGAGGCCUCCUCCUAUAAAAAGUAACCCACAACCCCAUUCAAAGAGAUUGCUCAAUGGGUCUGGCCUGAAUUUGUCGACCCAACCUUCAAACCAUGUGAAUGGUGAUGGGAUGGACCUUUCACCUGUUUCUGGCAAACGUAGAAAGGACUUCUUCCCACAUGGGAAUGACGAUGAUUGUUGUUUGCCUAUGAAUUCACAUUCUGAACGAGUUUCGGAUAUGGAGGUUCACCCUAUCGAGCCACUGUGGUUGAAUGAAUUCAGUGGUGUAAUGAGGAACAUAUAUGGACCCGUCACUGCUGCAAAAACCAUUUAUGAGGAUGCUGAAGGGUACUUGAUCAUUGUUAGCGUGCCUUUUGCAGAUCUUCAGAGGGUGAAAGUUUCUUGGAGGAAUAGUCUUACUCAUGGGAUUGUAAAGAUAUCUUGUGUGAGUACAGCCCGCAUGCCAUUCAUUAAGAGGCAUGAUAGAACAUUCAAGCUCACAGACCCAUCCCCUGAGCACUGUCCUCCAGGGGAAUUCAUAAGGGAAAUCCCACUUGCAACCCGAAUUCCAGAAGAUGCCAAGCUAGAAGCAUACUAUGAUGAGACAGGGACAGUGCUGGAGAUUAUGGUUCCAAAACACCGUGUGGGUCCAGAAGAACAUGAGGUCCGUGUGUGCCUUCGCCCACACCUUGGAACCAAUGAGCUGCUAUUGACUUGAAAGAGGCAUUGAUAUGAAAAAUCUUCUGACUGGGGGUUGCUCCUGAGCUGCAAACUUUAUAUCCCCAAAAUUAAUGUUUUUUGCAGACAUUGGGUGUAUGGUUGACUGAAAGAUAUUCUAUCACUCUUGACUCUCUACUUACCCUGAUGGAGAACAUUGAAUAUGCAUUAAUUGGCACAUUUCAUGGAGUUAUCUUAUUGUAGUUCUUUGAUCCUGAGUAUAAGUAAGAUUUGUUCUUGGUAGGUUUGUUAUCCUUAUGGUGUCUGUAUCUGUGAAGGCAAUUUUUACCGUAUGGAGUAUGGAUGUAUAUGUCAAAGUAUUUACUUGCUGUUGGAACUGGGUAUAUUUCUCAACUUGUUCGGCAGCAGAUUCUAGUCUAUUAACUGUUUAUCUUUCUAGGGAUGUAAAUGGACUGAAUUUUAAUUUGGAUAUAGAUGUUUUUGAAUUUUGCGAUA